UAGAUUAAUGAUGUGGUCGAUUUUAUGCUUUUAACUGUUUACUAGCGGGACCAAAAAGGUGUGUUUUGUUGCUUGAGCUCUCUGUCUAUAUAAAGGCUACUCAACUGCUGUGGGACGGUCGGCCACAGUGUUGUCAGGGAUUUAAAUCAUACUCUGUGUCUUUAACAAGUAAUGUGAGCAGAUCGGCGAGGUUUAAACUGUACAAAACAACUGCAACAAACUGAGUUCAGGUCCACUGAGUGACAUUUGUAGACGCGCGCGCACGAGUGCUUGUUUUAUUACUUUGCCUUCAGGGAACAGCAACAGAAUGUCUUUCAUAUUUGAUUGGAUCUACAAAGGAUUUAGUAGUGUUUUACAGAUAUUAGGACUGUAUAAAAAGUCUGGAAAGCUGAUUUUCCUUGGAUUAGACAAUGCAGGAAAAACAACAUUAUUGCACAUGCUUAAGGACGAUCGACUUGGGCAGCAUGUGCCAACACUUCAUCCAACCUCAGAAGAGUUGACCAUUGCUGGGAUGACAUUUACUACGUUUGACUUGGGUGGGCAUGCGCAAGCAAGAAGAGUUUGGAAGAAUUACUUACUAGCCAUAAACGGAAUAGUCUACCUUGUGGAUUGUGCUGACCAUGAGCGUCUAAAUGAGGCUAAAGUUGAACUAGAUGCCCUGCUAACUGAUGAGACCAUAUCCAACGUGCCAAUCCUUAUUUUGGGAAAUAAAAUUGAUCGACCUGAGGCAAUAAGUGAAGAUUCAUUGAGAGGAAAAUUUGGUCUACAUGGACACACUACUGGGAAGGGGAAUGUUGGACUGAAAGAACUGAAUAUGAGGCCAAUGGAAGUGUUCAUGUGCAGCGUGCUAAAAAGACAAGGAUAUGGGGAAGGUUUCCGAUGGCUUUCUCAAUACAUUGACUGAUUGGUUAAGACCCAACAACCUCUCCAAUCUUGCGUGACUCUAUUUAUUGACGUUUGGCUCAGGAGUAAAGAACUAUUUAAACUGACAAUUGUUCUAGCAGUAGUAGUUUUUUUUAAUUGUGCCAAAAUUAAAAUAUGUUUCUAAAGUAAAUUCAUGUAGGCUCAAAGGAAAAAUAUUUAAAACUUAAGGACACUGUAUGGUACAUGUUCAGUUGGAGCUAUUUUGGGUUAAAUAGUCUUCUGUUCAGGGUUUGUUCAGUCUACAUUACAUACACUUUCUGUUAGAUACACUUUCAUAAAUAUGUAUUGCAUAUGUUUCUAUCAAACUGGUAAAGGGAUUAAACCAAAAGGUAUAUGGAAUAUGGUGCAAUAACUAGACCUAUGUAGCUUGCAUAUGCUUUAUUGUUUAUUUUUAAACACUUGACACCAGUGUGCCUUAAUGAGCGUGGUAUCAGCAACUGAUUGGUGCUUUACUUUACUUUUUCAUUUCUUUGUUUUAAAGAAUUUAGUUUUAAGGCCACACUUAACCACACUUAAACCCACAAAUUAUUGGCCUUCCACUUGAAAUGGCAUGCAGUGAUUAAACAAGAGCUUGAACAACACCACAACCUUUCAGAAAAAAAGAGCAUUUGUGCAAUACAGACUAUAAUGUUAAGUCACUUCUCACAUUUGUAAGUAUAAUCGUAUAAACUGAUGUGGCUCAAAAAAAAACAAAAACAUAAUAGCACAAUCUUCAUGGCGUUAUUUUGGAGCAGACAAAAUAAAAACGAACAUUAUUGCUGCA